AACCCUGGAACUUCGAGGGAGUCACCCAGGAAGCUCUGCAAAGUUCCGUGCCGGGCCCUACCCCAGACUUUCUGAUUUAAUUCUUGUGGAGUGAGGCCCAGCAUUGGAUAAGACUUCCCACGUGAUUCCAAAGUGUCAGUGAAGAGUUGAAAAUCAAAGUCGUAAGGAAAUUGACCUUGAAGUUGUUUCACAGGGCAAUGCCACCAAAGAGCUAGCCUAUAAAAAUGGAACUUAUUGCACCAGGGUCAAACUGGGCUCUCAAGUUGCCCUUUCCUGCUUUUAAAAAAGGAAAAUAAUGAAAGGAUGUUCAUUGUCGAUGAAUAUUUGUUCUCAGCUGCUCUAAUUUAAAUGCCUCUUAUUUUCCUGUCCCCCCACCUGAUGCAUUUUCAAGCCACUAUGUUCUCUUUUUCCAUUAUUUGUUACAUCCCGUUCUCAUUUGACCAAAUGGUAUCGAUUUUAGUUAUACUUUCCCUUAUCCUAUUUUUGCUACUGAUUUACUUCUCCAGUCUACUAAAUGCUGAAUCAUUUCCUCUCCUGUUUCUCUUCUCUCUUCUUCAUUCUUUUUAAGCCUCUGUGUAAUUUAAUGAAAGGAACAGCCAAUAAGAGAUCAGAAAAAACAAAACAAAAAAAAACAAAAACGAGUGUUACAUUCACCUUCUCUCUGUCUCUUUUCAUUUCCUGAAUAGGUUACUGUAGUGCUGCUUUUAUUUAAGACCCUUUAGAAAUAUUGUUAUUAAUCUAUAAUCAACCCACCAGGAAGGAAGUAGUAGGAUUUCCGAAGUUACAGUAUUUCUCUUACUGUGGCUGCAAAAUUUAUUUUUAGUGUCCUGAUCUCUGCUUAGCAAAAUGAAGUAGAGUGGUUGUUUUUAACCAGUUUAAAGUAAGAAAAUAUUGAUGUAAAGAUAAUCGAAUAGAAAAAAUAAUAAUAAUAAAACAAGAAUCAAAGAACCAAAAUGAAGAAAGGGAAAUGUAAUCAUUAAAUAUAAUGCUUAAUCAGAGCAAAAGCACUGCAAGGAAGAUGGCUUCAGCCACUCUAAUUUAAAUGGCCUUUGUUUAAUUAUACUCAACAUUUUUACAGGAAUUGGUAGAAGCUGAAAUCAGUGAUCUCUGAUAGCGUUAACUGGGAAGUUAUCCUGAAGGUGGCAGGCUGCUCCAAGAUUUCUAUCUUUGAUAUUUUUAAGCAUGCUUGUGAUUCAGGGCUUUUUAGCCACGGUAUUUCUAUUUCUAUGGGUGCUAAGAAAUUUUAAUCUGCUUCAUUAUAUCUAUGUGCUUUAAUCAUGGUAGAAAUUCGACUCACUGCCUGUUAAAAUAUUUUAAAAGUGAAAAUCUCAUUUUCAUAGAAAUUCCACCGAACUUCGGGAAGCAUGAAAAAGUAAUGUUAGAAGUUACUGUCGGGGCAGUAGGGAUUACAAUAUGAAAUAAUUCUUUGAAUUCACACAUGCCAAUAGAGCUUGGAUUCAGCAUUGAAAGAGCUUCCAGCAUGUGUCAGCUGCUUUGCCUGAUCCUGGCCCAGUGCUGCUCAGACCCUCAAAUUGCAAAACAGAAGGCAGAUGCAGUCCAUCAGAAACUCACAAUUGGCUGUCACCCUUUGGGAAUCAUGGAAAUAAAACCUGAACCAUAAAUGCAUAAUUCCAGCUCUUCUUGUCAAAACAUAUAAGUUAACAGGAACUCUAAACUUAAGAACUCCUGUUGGGCUUAUGUUAAGGAUUGAAGUCAGAUCCCCAAGGAAAGUAUAAGUAGGAUGCUGCUUAGGAUGAAGCUUCCCUCUGAAUGGAGUAUUAUGAUGCAUGUGUAUGGCUGAAUAUCAUAAGAUACUGAUAAAAUAAACCCAGGGUCUUGACAACACACUAGAAUGUAAAUUCUGAGGACAGAACUUUUGUCUGUUUUGUUCACUGCUGUAUCCAACACAUUGAACAGAGCUAAUAAACAGUAGGUACUAAACAAAAUAUCAAAUAAAGGUCAAAUGAACUGAAAGACAAGUAGGAUCCCUGAGCUAGCGUCCAGACUCUGGACAAGCUCUCUCUGCCUGAAUACUAGCCCUGCUUCCAGAAAGGAGAAGGGAGCAGUUUGAAAAAGGACACAUAUUCUGAAGCUCUGGUGAAUAGGUGAAUGAAAGUGAUUUUUAAAAAUUUGAGAUUACACUGGAAUGCUUGCUGAUUCCUCUGCACACUUCUAAGGCUGAGAACCUGAGGAACCCAGCUGGAAAAUGCCGUCUGAACGCUGCCUCAGUAUUCAAGAAAUGCUGACAGGCCAGAGGCUCUGCCACUCCGAAUCUCACAAUGACAGCGUCCUGGCAGCAUUGAAUCAGCAGAGGAGUGAUGGCAUCCUCUGCGACAUCACCCUGAUUGCUGAGGAACAGAAAUUCCAUGCUCACAAGGCCGUCCUGGCAGCAUGCAGCGACUAUUUCCGGGCAAUGUUCAGUCUUUGUAUGGUGGAAAGUGGAGCUGAUGAGGUUAAUUUGCACGGUGUGACCAGCCUUGGCUUAAAGCAGGCUCUGGAGUUUGCAUACACAGGACAGAUUUUGCUGGAGCCAGGUGUGAUCCAGGAUGUGCUAGCAGCGGGCAGUCACCUACAGCUGUUGGAGCUUCUCAAUUUAUGCUCCCACUAUCUCAUCCAGGAAUUAAAUAGCUUUAAUUACUUGGAUCUGUACAGACUUGCUGACCUCUUUAACCUCACUUUGUUGGAGAAGGCAGUGAUCGAUUUCUUAGUGAAACAUCUCUCUGAACUCCUGAAGAGCCGCCCGGAAGAUGUUCUAACGCUUCCCUAUUGCCUGCUUCAGGAGGUGCUGAAGAGUGACCGCCUGACCUCCCUGAGCGAAGAGCAGAUCUGGCAGCUGUGAGGUGGUUGGAACACAACUGCCACUACCAGCACAUGGACGAGCUCCUGCAAUACAUCCGCUUUGGCCUAAUGGAUGUGGAUACUCUCCAUACAGUUGCCCUGUCCCACCCCCUUGUCCAAGCAAGUGAGACUGCAACAGCCCUUGUCAACGAGGCCCUGGAAUACCACCAGAGCAUCUAUGCACAGCCCGUCUGGCAGACUCGCAGGACCAAACCACGGUUCCAGUCAGACACUCUGUAUAUCAUUGGUGGGAAAAAGCGCGAGGUCUGCAAGGUCAAGGAACUUCGGUACUUCAAUCCUGUCGAUCAGGAGAAUGCUCUCAUAGCCGCCAUUGCCAACUGGAGUGAGCUGGCUCCCAUGCCUGUGGGAAGGAGCCACCAUUGUGUGGCAGUCAUGGGGGACUUCCUGUUUGUGGCUGGAGGGGAAGUUGAGCAUGCCAGUGGCCGGACGUGUGCUGUGAGGACUGCCUGUCGCUAUGACCCCCGCAGUAAUUCCUGGGCAGAGAUAGCACCCAUGAAAAACUGCCGGGAGCAUUUUGUGCUGGGUGCCAUGGAGGAAUACCUCUAUGCAGUUGGGGGCAGGAAUGAACUGCGCCAGGUUCUGCCUACAGUUGAGCGAUAUUGCCCCAAGAAGAACAAAUGGACUUUUGUUCAGUCCUUUGACAGAUCCCUUUCAUGCCAUGCUGGAUAUGUGGCUGAUGGUCUUCUUUGGAUAUCAGGUAGAACAUACCUCACGUUGGAUUUAUCAAAACACACUUUCAUUGUGGUAUACAUUUAAAAGUCAAGCUUUAAUAGUGUGGCCAUGUGUAAUUGAAAGAUUGAACCAAGCAUGCCAUUUGAGCUAAUUAACAUUCAUUUAUUGAGCACCUACUCUAGAGAGCAAUGUGAUUGGAAAUAAUGCGACUUUCUGUGACUUUCUGAGUGAUUAAUGAAAUAAAAAUUCAAGGUGGAAA